UGAACAAUGAUCAGCUCUGACGAAGAAGACGAAAUAGUCGGCAUUCUGCUAGCCGCUUCUGUAGCAGCUUUUCAAGAAGAGCAGCGAACAGCUCGAAGGAAGACAGCCCGCCAACGCCGCUGGUGGGUUCGCCCAGCCUUGCAAGAACGAGAGAGAAUGGGCCAUGCCAAUGCGUUGCUACCCCACCUACGUUCGCGCGAUGUGGAAUACUACAGAGACUAUUUGAGGAUGCCCCCGCGCUCCUUCGACACGUUAUUGGAACUUCUGAAGCCAAGGAUACAGAAAAGUGACACAAACUACCGAAAAGCGAUUCCUCCAGAGCACCGGUUAGCGCUAGCUGUCAGGUUCUUGGCUGCAGGAGAGACGCUGCGCUCGUCAUCUUUCAAUUUUCUAUCUGGCCGCUCCACGGCUUUCGUGAUUGUCGCCGAAGUAUGCCAGGCCAUUUGGGACGUCCUCGGGCCGAUUUACGUCGCACGACCGUCAACUCCAGGCGAAUGGCUAAAGGUAACCAUGUUUUUAGGGAACAUCGUUUAA